UAUUAGAGGAGAAUUCCCUGAGACAAUAUCUAAGAAAAUCAUUCCAAGGACACCCAGGAGGAAAAAUGGACAAAUAUUUUCCAGGAUUCUCCUCAAUGUUAUUCUUCAUCCUGAUACAUUUGGUGUUAUCUUCUGUUUCAGGCCCUCGACGCUGGUGGCCACCACAUGGAAUUAUUAAGGUGAAAUGUCCAUAUAAGAAAGUAAACCUAAGUUGGUUCAAUGGUACAGUGAACCCCUGCUCUGGCUUAUAUCAACCCAUCUGUGGCACCAAUUUUGUAACCUAUGACAAUCCCUGCAUCCUGUGUGUUGAGAGCUUGAAAUCUCAUGGAAGAAUUAAGUUUUACCAUGAUGGAAGAUGUUAG